CAGUCUGUCACUACCGGGAGGGCACACGUGGGCACCUUUGUGUAUUUAUGUAUGUAUGAAUCUGGGAGGCUGAUGUAAGAGGGCGGUGAGAAGUGUGUAGUGCGCCCGGCCGGGUUAAGGUUUGGCACUGCUGUGUUUUUUUUUUCUUUGUGUGUGUGUGUGUUUUUUUUUUUUUUUUUUUGGUUUCCGCUCUGCGCCUCACACGUGCAGAGAAAACUGUAGCGCUUACGGCUGGGGACAUUGCGCGCACUUGCUUCCAGCUUUGGUGAUGCCAUGCCCAGGAACCACAGCGGAGACGAAGGUGGUGGAGGUGGAGGAGGGAGCGGGCUCUGGAUGAGAGCCUCACCCAGACAUCAAAGCGAAGGCUACGGCGUCAAAGAUGUGGAAUCCGGACAGAAGAUGAUGUUGAACAACGCGGGAGAUGGCUUGCUGUCCCCUUCUGCCACCGCUGCCUCCACCAGCAGCACCACCGGAGGUCGCGGCUCGGACAGCCUGGCUGGGAAGCAGGGAGCCCGGCUCAGCCUGCUGGGGAAGCCGCUGGUCUACAGCGCGCAGAGCGGCCGGAGAAACGUGCGCUACAGGCGGCUACAGAACUACCUAUACAACGUCCUGGAGAGACCCAGAGCCUGGGCGUUCAUCUACCACGCGUUCGUGUUCAUCUUGGUGUUCAGCUGCCUGGUCCUUUCUGUCUUCACAACCAUCCCCAAUCAUAAGGACUUCUCCUCAAGCUGCCUGCUAAUUCUGGAAUGUGUAAUGAUUGUGGUGUUUGGUUUGGAGUACAUCAUCCGCAUCUGGUCAGCAGGAUGUUGCUGCCGCUACAGAGGAUGGCAGGGUCGGCUGCGUUUUGCAAGGAAGCCCUUCUGCGUCAUAGACAUCAUAGUGCUGAUAGCAUCAGUGGCGGUGGUAUCAGCAGGUAGCCAGAGCAACAUGUUUGCCACCUCAGUCCUCCGGAGCCUGCGCUUCCUGCAGAUCCUUCGGAUGGUCCGGAUGGACCGAAGAGGCGGCACCUGGAAGCUGCUGGGUUCUGUUGUGUAUGCCCACAGCAAGGAGCUGGUAACUGCUUGGUACAUCGGCUUGUUGGUUCUGAUAUUCUCUUCAUUCCUCGUCUACCUUGUGGAGAACAAGUCCAACGACCAGUUUACUACCUAUGCUGAUGCUUUGUGGUGGGGCACGAUCACCCUGACAACUAUCGGCUAUGGAGACAAAACACCAAAGACCUGGACAGGAAGGCUGCUGUCUGCGGUGUUUGCCCUCCUGGGCAUCUCUUUCUUUGCCUUGCCUGCAGGUAUUUUGGGCUCAGGCUUUGCUCUGAAGGUGCAGGAGCAGCACAGACAGAAGCACUUUGAGAAGAGGAGGAACCCUGCAGCCUACCUCAUUCAGUGUGUUUGGCGUAGUUAUUCGGCUGAUGAGAACUCAGUUUCCGUUGCUACCUGGAAGCCUCACUUAAAGGCGUUGCACACCUGCAGCCCUACGAAGAAGGAGCAGGGAGAGUCAACAACCAGUAAAAUUCAUAGUAAUAAGCAGAAGCUACUGAGGAGAUGUACGACUUGGAAACAUAGCCAGAAGUUGAGCUUCAAGGAGCGUGUGAGGAUGGCAAGCCCCCGCGGACAGACUAUCAAGAACCGGCAGACCUCCUCAGUGAACGAUCGCCGCUCUCCGGUGGCCGACAGUGGCACAGAGGGCACCAGUCCUGCCAAAGUGCAAAAGAGCUGGAGCUUCAAUGACCGCACCCGCUUCAGGCCCUCGCUGCGGCUCAAGAGCCAGUCCCGCUCCACCACUGAUGCAGCAGACUCCGCUGUUGCCGGGGAAGAUGCCUUUGAUGAAAAGGGCUGUCACUGUGAGAUCUCCGUGGAAGACUUGAUGCCAUCCGUUAAGACUGUCAUCCGAGCCGUCAGGAUAAUGAAGUUCCAUGUUGCAAAGAAGAAGUUUAAGGAGACUCUCCGUCCAUAUGAUGUGAAGGAUGUAAUCGAGCAGUACUCUGCCGGUCACCUGGACAUGCUGUGUCGCAUUAAGAAUUUGCAGAGCAGGGUGGACCAAAUCCUUGGUAAGGGACAGGUCCCUUUGGAUAAGAAGAUAAGAGAGAAGCUGCUGUCUGAUGCAGAUAUAUCAGAGGACAUGAGUAUGCUGGGCCGCGUCUGUAAGGUGGAGAGGCAGGUGCAGUCAAUUGAGUCAAAGUUAGACUCUCUGUUGGACAUUUACCGUCAGGUACUACGUAAAGGCUCCUCUUCUGCUCUCACACUCUCCUCACUGCCGCUGUUUGAGCUGGAACAGACCUCAGACUACAACUCUUCAGUCUUCAGUAAGGAUCUCUCCAGCUCCGCCCAGCUCAGCUACGGCAGUGCGCCUCACCCAACUGGCUUCGCCACACGAUCGUCAACCAACUCCCAGCUUUCCCAGGGAGGACUCCACCUUAUUCUGGCUCCUCAGAGCGAGCUUAACCUGAAUCUCCGUGCCUCGUCGUCCACACCCCCCUCUGGCCACACAUCUUCCCCUUUUAGCCCGUCACCGUUGCCUCAUCAUCAUCAUCACCAUCUGCAACAUCAUAAACAGGUUCAGGCCACAUCACCUGAAAGUGGCACUGAUGAGAAUGUUGGCAACUCCCCUACUGUCCUGACCCCGAACAGCACAAGCAGUUCUGGAGGCCAAGGAAUAGAGGAUGAAGGCUUCCCUCUGUUAGCGAAGCUUCCACCGCCCCCUUCCAGACAAAGCGCUGGCUCUGGGAAAUUUGCGCGAACAACCUCUACUGAGGCUUCUCCUGAAAUAAGAAGCUUCUGCAGAGGUCUACAGAGCCACACUGAGGACAGCUGUAUUAGGGAGGACCUUGGACUUCAGUUUGGGUUGGGAACAUUAGGGGAUCAGUUACAAGGGAGUACCAAUGGUAAUGGCAGGCCCAAUGCUAAGGAGGAUGGCUCCUGGCGGAGACAUAUGAGUCUUGAGCUUGAGCCCCUCGUGCCACCUGCUCCAGCUUGCUGCUCUAGGCCCAUCCAUAUGGACCAAGGGAUGGGCAAAUCUAUGUCAGUGCAGGACUUGGUGCAGGUAGGUCCUGUUAAUGAUGCACACCAAAGCCACAGCCUAUCAUCUCCAAGCCCAAGUACAAGCAGUGACUCUCCAACAGGCUUCAGCAGCUGUCGCCAUGACCCUGCGGAAGGGAGUGGGAGUGCAAGACGGGGAGGUCAAGGUUGUUGGGGUGAGGAGGACCUGUUUAUCAGUGACAGGGACAUGGAGCCACCGGGGUUUGACUUUUUGUCACAGGGGACAUCUGAGACUCCAAUGAUCUCUCCGGAGCGCCUGAGGACAGCUGAUAGAGCAGGGGCAGGGACCCAAGGCUCUAACUUGGUUGAUGGUUCCCAACCGCCGCACUCGGCUAGCAACGCCAAACCAUUGAACAUGCCACACGUACGGCUAAAAUAGACCCACAAAAUGUUAAAAAUCCGCACAAAUCUCACCUCAGCGACCGUUUUUAUUUUUUAUGAAGGGAGGUGGGUGGGUUGGGAUUUUCACAUGGGCUCUUGUCCUCUUUUGUUUAUUUUUACCUUGAUCCGUUUUAUAAGAUUUACAUUUUUUUUUCAUACAGGCAGAUCUUUUUGGCAUGAGUUACUCUGUGUUUUAGUGUAUGCUUAAAGAAUCUGAGAUAAAAGAGGAAGGCUAAAAAAUGAGGAGAUAAUGUUUGUGUUCUACUAAGUAAUGCCUGGGUCAGUGUUAGACCUUGCUAUAUAGCAUGAACUGCAUGUUUCCAGUCAAAUGCACAGAUAUGAAACUACACUUAAAGUUUGUGCACCUAACACUUAACUACAUAACUGUGAGUAAGAAGCUUGUUUUGUUCCAUGACAGCUGAAACAAAGAGUACCUCAUUACUGAGAAAUGUGGGCAUUUUCUUUUCAUAACAUUAAAUAUAUUUUAGAAAGCCAGACCUCUGCAAGUGGACCAGUUGAAGGAUCUUAUCCAACUUACUUUGUUUUCUUAUAAACAUUUUUCUUGAAUAAUUUAGUCAAUGACGGAAAUGCACAUUUUGCAUGAAUUUCAAUCUCAUAUAGAAAGUGUUUAUAGCACUGCUAAAAUACCAGUCUUGGGUGAUGUUAAAAAUUGAGACCAUGAAAAAGACAAUAGUGUAAUGAAAAAAAAACUGGUUCUGUGCUCAUAAAAGAGAGAUUUAAAUUCCUAAUUCUGACUCAUCAACGAGAAAGGUCAAGCAGUGUUUGCUGGGUUUCACUAAAAGGACGCCUUCCUGAAUUAAUGUUUCUAAUGAAAGCCAGAUUCAACUAAUCAGUGAUGCUGUGAAGGCAUACAGUAUUUCAUUAGUACAACGCCAUCAGAAAUUUGGAAAUUAAAUAAAAAAAUAAAAGGGAAAUACUAUUGCCAUCGAUAAAACCAGAGAAUGGCUGGUCUUUGCUGAGAGAUGAAAUGGGUAAAUUCUUACCUUUUUAAUCAUAAAUAUUAUAUAGAGAGAAACACACAAAUGAAAUGUAAUAUUUAACUAGUGUCAAUUUUGACAACAUAUUUUAAAUAAGCGUUAGCUUUUUUUUUUUGACGAUUGUAAAUGAUUUUAGUUCUUUCCCAUUUUAUUAGAGGUCCAGUCUGGAGAUUCCAGCCGAAGUUUUACUCCCAUCAACAGUUUUUAAUUAAGAAUUUAUCAGAUUCUAAUCAGCAGAAAUAUCGCCUAGCCCAAAAAUGAUGAAUAUUGCAAUCCAUAAAAAAGAUUUUUUACCUCCACAUAUUACUCUUUCAGUGACACCAGUGGUGUUACUGAUGUUGUACGAUGUGCAUUUUGCAAAAGGUGCUCCAAAAACAAAAGUGUCUGCCGUUAAAAAUGUUAAAAAUAAAGAGAGUUUUCCAUUUUCUGCAUCCCAAUCAAACCAUUGCACAUUCAGGUUUAUAAAAGAGGGCUUACUCCUGGGAGAAAAAAAAAAAAAAUUGCCUGUCCAGAGACUAUGGAGCUGUGGACAAGAGAUGGUCUCACAGUAUGAUUGGUUUGGAGACAUUUUCAAAGUAAAGUGUACCGAGCAUCAUAAAUAUUGAUUUAGCUGUAACAUUAGCCCUCUAAAACAUGUAUUCAACUAAGAAAAUAGGUGGACAAAUUCUUGAAUAUGAAUUUUCUCAUGGUCCUUUGUUUUACAUCAAAAAGACCCUGCAAAAUAUCAGAUGUGCGAUCUAAAUUAGUACGACAAGUCUGGAGACUUAAAGCUCGGAAAAGCAAAAGGAUUACAAAAGCCUAGAAGUUCUUUCCCAUAUUAAGGAAGUACUGAAAUUCUGUUUAUAGCUGCUUUGUAAUCUUAUCAACUCACCUAAAAAAACUUUUUGGAUUCAUUCCCUUAUUUUUCUUCAUACAUGACAAUGGUGGAGAACUACUCCACUAAUAUCAGUAACAGACAUAAUCUGUUUACCUCCAGCUUUAUUGUUAAAGCUUUAUUGUUUCCAUCAUUAAUGUAUACUUCUUAGAGAGAAUUUGGGCACAGACCAGACUAAGAACUAUUUUUUAUUCCAGACCAAAAUAAUUAAAUAGCAGGUUUGCAUAAUGACAUGACAUUAACAUAACUUUUUAAUUUCAUGACUGUGCCUACAGUGUUCAGCAUGAAUUGCUUAGCACAGAAAGACAUUCACACAUUGUACUUUAUAGGAGACUUGAAAUAAUCAUGCUUUGUCCCUUUUAACCACUGUGAACUGCAGCUCAAUGAAGGUCAUUUUGUUGAUUUAAAGGCAUACCCCAGACUUAGUGACCUAAAGAGUUGAUGCAUAUGAGUUAUUUUAAAUGAUUCCUCAGGCCAAAAUACUGCACUUGACACUAUCAGUGCUAUGAGCGGGGCUCCCCUCUUGAAAUAUCGCCUAUGUAAGUUGGGAAAUGAUGCACCGUCAUUGGCCAGGUCACGUGACCUCUAAGAACGUAUUGCUUUAUGGCAACAGGCUCUUAUAUAAUCAUGGGGCUAAGGCUUUUGCUCUACUAUUUUGCCACCUGCUCGACUUCUGGUCAUGGUUAAGGCAAGGAAACAAUUUAAACCUCCUAAGGAGGCUAAAAAGAGAAAACAGGGAUGGGAUCGUGCACAAGGAAAAACAAGAGUUGCACAUGGAAAGGAGUUUAUUCAAGAAAAAGCUGGAUGUAAAAUUGAUUCUCUUUUUCCAACUUUAUUAUUAGACUAAUAAGUUAACACUUUGCUCCAAGUAUAUAUUGUCAUAUACCUUUGUUAUUAUUUUCGAUGUUUAGUAGAAGCAAAAUAUAAGCAGUUUAAGGUCUAGUGCCCCUAGUGGUCAAUGGUUACAUGGUGCGCCUUUAAGUACAGGUAAUUUCCUGAAGGUCCUGUGAGAACACGCUGAAAGUACAUAUGGUCUUAGGCAACUUAUGUGGCUGAAUUUCAUAAAAAAAUCUUUACUUUCAGGUAAACCUUUACCAUAAUUUCAGCUGAGCUGCAAACUUAAUGUUUGUUGAAGCUACAGUAAUGUGGACAGGGAAAAGGAUAAGCUGCUUUUUAUGUCCAGAACAAUUUUACACAGGCUGGUUCUGCCAUGGACUAAAACAAUUAUUGAAUGUCAUUUUCUGGUUUACUCUUUAAUUCUGCAUGUUGGAGACAUUGUUGUGAUCAUUUUUGUCUGAGACUUACCAUUUGUUUUAUGUUGCUCCUGUUUAGGACUGUUAACUGACUUUUUAAACUGGACUUUGCAGUUAGAAUGUGUAUCUUAUUAGUGUAAACUCAAGAUUGCUUGAACUGCUGUGCAGUGACAAUAUAACUUACCAUCAUCUUUCUCUUCCUGUUGCAUGGUGCAGAACUGGAUGCAGUGACUAGACUUAACUUGUUUUCAUAUCCAAAGUCUGAUUAAUUUAUAAUAUUCUUAAGUUUUUAGCACCUUAAUCCCUUCUGUGGAUUUAUUAAAAAACAUAUAGUUUUUAAGUAGGUAAAACUGAAAAUUUUGUUUGUGUAUGAGAGCAGGAAGGUGCAUAUCCUUUCAACCAGUCGGACUGAUUUUACUUUUUGCCUUAAGUGUAAAAUUAAUGCAUAUUAAAAGUU